GGAGCAGUUAUCCUGGACGGUUAUCAGCCGCGUUUGUCCCGCGUUGCAAGAAUUAAAACCGAUCCCAGAUCAGCUGUGCUGAAACACCUGAACACAGGAGGGCGAGCACCGGAGACGAGCCGUGAUACUCAAGAUGUCUGAACCAUUAACAUCAACCAAUUCGAAGAGCGGCGGUGAGCUGAGCGUUGACCCGCGCCCCAUCUCAACAUCAGACUGUCCGACGCAAUAUGUUGGGAAAGUCUGCGAGAUCUCAACGCUGGAUGGAAAAGUUAAAGAGACGCUGCACACUGAGCGACCAGAGAAGAUCCGUUCGGUUCCGAUCCACCUGCGUCCGGACCUGCUGGCUGCCUGCGCAGACCUGGUCAACUCUGAGUGGCAGAGGAGCCAGGCCGCCCGGGUUCACUCCCUCCAGAAGUCCUCUGCACAAUUCCCCAUCUGCCUGGUUCUCCUGCAGGGCCACAGAGAGACAGAGCGGCUGCUCGGCCACGCCCGGGUGUCUCAGGUCGUAGGUCACAGCACCAGCCUGUUCGUGGAGUCGGUGGUGGUGUCCAAGGCGGAGCGAGGGAGGGGCUACGGCCGGACUCUGAUGGAGGAGACUGAGCGAUACGCCAGAAGCAGAGGGUUCAAGCGCCUGUACCUGACAACCCACGAUAAGCAGCACUUCUACGCCCACCUGGGCUACGUGCUGUCGAUGCCGGUGCAGAACGCAGGAGCCAUGACGACGUUUGUUCCCAUGGAGACGCUUUUGAGGUUCUCCAGAUUACCGAGUGAAGAGGCGAACACACAGGAGCAAACACAGACAAAGAUGGAUGCUCAAGUACCACAAGGAGGUGCUUGUGUUGUGGGGUCACCUCCACCUUCUACUUUACCUCCUCCUCCACCAUGUCCUCUUUUCACCCCUCCUCCUCCUCCACCUCCUUCUAUUCCUCUUGCUCCUCCUCCACCUCCUCAGUCUGCAGGGCAGCUUGUAGUUCAGACUCUGACUGAAACUCCCUACAGAGACGCCAAAGGAGUUCCCAUCUAUUGGAUGCACAAAGACAUUUGAGGAACACACAAUCAGAUACACUUGGCAACACAUUCCCUCACAUUAAUGCACACAGUUAGUGUAUAUGUGCUCACAUCGAGACAGAAACAUACGUGCAGACUUAUAAAACACACGCACCAUUAGCGGUGUCUCAGACUCAGAAAACAAGUAAUGGAGAAAAUACAGGGUGUGGAAAACUUCAGAGACAGAAAUGUUUAAAUAGAUACCAAAGAUAUACACAAAACACUCAUUUACACACUCAUUCACUGCUAUUACACAUUCACACACACUCUAUAAAGGAGUUUCUCGGGCUGGAACACAGAGACUAAAACACAAAUUACAGAAGCAAACACUUUCUUUUU